CAAAAAUACACACUUACUUACACUGGCUGGCAUAUGAGGAGGGGCUUCGGGUUUUAAUGGAUUGUUUGGAAUGCAUGGUGGGGCAAAGUAUUGCCUGGGGUCUCUGCACAGUGCUCCUUCAGUGGGAGAGGUGAAGAGGAUAAAAGAAAAAGAUCAAAUCAAAUCCAGGAUCGUGUUAGAAACUGACUGAACCUUUCAGCAUGCAUCUGAAAUGGUUGAAAAAUCUUUGGAAAAGAUGGAAACAGACCAAGGGAUUUUCUCACCAGCAAGAAGUCCUUCUCUCAGAGAUGAGCAAAAAGAAACAUCUCCGCACAGUUUCUAUCUAAGCCCACCUCGGCUCUACAUGAAGCCCCCAAAAUUCUCCCCUCCCCGAUACCCCAGCAUAUCACCCAGCAGUGACACCUACUGUGCAUUCAGCCCCCCUGCUUUCUUUCCCAUGCUUGGCCCCAGUAAUGCCCAAAAGGAAGGAUCCCAGAAACGCAAAAGAACUCCUUUCAAGAUGGAUGCCCAUGGAGCAGAAUCUCCUGACAGAGGAGCAGAGGAGGCAGAAGAAAGCAGCAGUAAGAAGGUGGUGCACAUGUCCCAUGUCCCCUUCUCCUUCCCACCUCGCCCGAUUGCUUCCCCAUCUCCUAAGCCAGUCCCUGGAAUGAUUGAGCUAAACAAACUGCAGCUUCAUCACAGGUCACCAGGUAUGAGUCUACCUGUGCAGGUGAAACAGGAGCCUCUCAGUCCUUGCCCUGUGUGGCCUUCAUCUCCUCUCCUCCUCCCCCCUCCAUACUUCCCACCUCUCCACCACAGCCUCCUCCCAUACCCCUUCUUCAUGCCCAGCCCUGUCAUGCACUUCCCCGCUGGUUCUUUCUAUCCAAGAGAGAACCCCCGCUCCGGUCAUCGCGGCCGUGACGGACCUCCUCGCAGUGGGACGACCAGUGCUGAAAAGCUUGGUUUCAACGUCCAUGUGGACGACAGUUAUUAUGUGGAUGUGGGUGGAGACCAGAAGAGAUGGAAGUGUCGUAUGUGUGAAAAAUCCUACACCUCCAAGUACAACCUGGUCACGCAUAUCCUGGGGCACAAUGGCAUCAAGCCGCAUGGAUGCCACCUGUGUGGGAAACUUUUUAAGCAGCUGAGUCACCUGCACACACACCUGCUUACCCACCAGGGCAUGAGGCCCCACAAGUGCCAGGUGUGCCACAAGGCCUUCACUCAGACCAGCCACCUGAAGAGACACAUGAUGCAGCACAGUGACGUGAAGCCAUACAGCUGCAAUGUGUGCGGCAGAGGUUUUGCGUACCCCAGUGAGCUUCGUGCCCAUGAGCUGAAACAUGAGAAAGGACAGGAGAACGUUUGUGUGGAGUGUGGUCUGGAUUUCCCCACACUGGCCCAGCUGAAGAGGCACCUGACUGUUCAUCGAGGCCCCACCCUGUACAGGUGUGCAGAGUGCCAGAAGACUUUCCAGUACCCCAGCCAACUUCAGAACCACAUGAUGAAACACAAAGACAUCCGACCGUAUAUCUGCAGCGAGUGUGGGAUGGAGUUCAUCCAGUCACACCACCUGAAACAGCACACUCUCACUCACAAAGGGGUGAAGGAGCACAAAUGCCGCAUCUGUGGUCGUGAGUUCACCCUGUUGGCAAACAUGAAGCGCCACGUCCUCAUCCACACCAACAUUCGGGCUUACCAGUGCCACAUGUGCUUCAAAAGUUUUGUCCAGAAACAAACUCUCAAGGCUCACAUGAUCGUCCAUUCGGACAUCAAGCCCUAUAAAUGCAAGCUUUGUGGUAAGGAGUUCAACAGGAUGCACAACCUAAUGGGCCACAUGCAUCUCCACUCAGACAGCAAACCCUUCAAAUGCCUUUACUGCCCAAGCAAGUUCACGCUGAAGGGAAACCUCACUAGACACAUGAAGGUCAAACACGGCGUCAUGGACAGAGGGCUGGAUGAAAGAUUGUUUCGGCAAAGAGGACGAUUCUGCGUGUCCACUCCCAUGGGGCUCCUCACCCGCUUCAGCCAAGAGGAGCCGUUUGAUCUUUCCCAGAAACCCCCAGGCCUCCCCAGCCUCCACCUCUCCCAAUCUGAUGGAGAGAGCAUGCCUGGAAGCUCGUGUCAGGAGGAAGAUGAGGAGAGUUUGUACAGAAGGAGCCAGUACAGUCCUGAGGUGGACAGACAUGAGCAGGCAGGUGGCGACCGGUACAUCCCUGAGCUGGAGGAAUCUGGGCAGGGAUCUCCAGUUGAACUGAGGCCAGGGGAGAAGCAGGAAGAAACGUAUCAGCAUAGUUUAGAUGGACAGACAUAUGAGAAGGAUUCAGCAGCAGGGGAAGGGGAGCAGGUGCAGCUUUUACAGUCAGAGGAGACGUCUGAGAUGGCCUAUGAGUCUGAUGUAAGUGACCAGGUGUACCACAACGAGAAAGACGGUAGACAGUUGUAUGAUUAUGAAUCUAACUCAGAAAUAGAGGAUGAUCUGGACAGCUCUACAGAGCUAGACGAGGCAGAGCAGGGUAAACAGCAAAUUGCCAUCGAUGCAGCAGAUCGCAGGCAGGAGAAAUAGUGAAUCGCUUGCGCAUAAGGAUGUUCAUGGAAUUUAUGGGUGCGCGAGAGGAAGAAGAAAACAAUGAAUGAGAAAUAUGAGAUGAAAUAUUGCGAUGGUUUUUAGGGAAGGUUGAUGUUUAUCAAUCAGAAGGUAGAAGAAAAUUAAGUACAAUAAAUCUGUAAAUAAAACUGAUUACAAAGGAUGUCUAUCUUAGCACAAAAAAGGAAAGAUGAACAUAUUGUGUUUGUUAACAGCACAAAUCAUAACAAAGAAGAAGCUGAAAUACAAAGCUGUGAAGCGUAAUAUGUACAGAACAUACCAAAGACGGACAGAAGGUUGAUGAUGAUGUUGAAGUCAUUUUUGAUUGAAUAUUAUAUUUAGGGAAAGAAUAUUUGUUUUUGUUUCUUAUCAUUGCAAUAUUGACUCAAGUAUGCUAUUUUGCUUUAACUUUGAGUCUCUUUUAAGCGUGUAAAUCUAUGAUCUUAAAAUAAAAAUAAAUGUCAUUGCUCGAA